UUCUCAUGACACAUCUCUCUACCACAAGUAAAAGCUUCCUCUUUUGGAAGCAUCCACUGUGCUCACCUUUGGUUAGUGGUUGGCUCCCUUGCCUUAAGGUUGUCAUUUUGACACGUAAACCAAUAAUCGUAUCGACAGGUAGAGGCCGCCGGGCACUAAAUAUGUGCCGUCAGUGAGCCGCUGGUGCAGCUAGCGCUCUAGCUCAGAAGCUUGCUAAAACAGCCACAGAAGCUAGUGUGCGCUAAUGGCAGCUAACUGAGGUGACCGCACUCGUCAACUCUAAUGUUUGGGAGCUACGUUCACCACGAAGGAGCAGCUGACAGAAGAAAACGUUGACACUGUUUCUGCGGGAUACUUGACGUGGAAGCAGAACUCGCAUGUCUGUAGAGUCCCUAAUGUGAAUUUACAGGCUUCAGACCAAGAUGAACUCAAAUUUCCCAUGGUUCCCCAUGAACCUCACCUGGAGUGGGUGGGUGUUUUGAGAAAGGACAGAGGAGGAACGCACACAUCGGGUCUAUAAUCAAAAGUCAUGAAUCUCCAUCAGGUCCUCACAGGGGCUGUCAACCCGGGAGACAAUUGUUUCUCUGUAGGGAGCAUCAACAAUGUGCCAUUUACGGCCUAUGCGUCAGGUUGCGACGUGGUUAUUUUGGGAAGUGACUUUGAGCGACUGCAGAUCAUCCCAGGGGCCAAGCAUGGCAAUAUCCAGGUUGGCUGUGUCGACUGCUCACUGCAGGGUGGACAGAUUGCAGCUUCCUAUGGAAGCACUGUGUGCAUCUUUGAGCCUGUUCAGCACCCAGGUCAAAAGGAUGCAUCAUCGACUAAGUUUCACUGCCAGUGGCAGAAGACUGGUCAGUUUGUAUUGCAUUCAAUAGUACGCAACCUGGCAUGGCACCCCACAGGCAGCACUCUCUUAACAGGCUCUAGUAGCCUUCAGUUGUGGGCUAAUGCUGAUGGACUUACAGAGGAAACUGAAGGAGGAAAGCAGCCCGAAAUGACCAUGAUAGAUUCUAAUUGUGCCUGGAGGUGCAUCUGGCAGAGCAAGACAGCCUCUCCAGUCAGUUUGAUGAAGUUUUCACCUGAUGGGGAUUUCUUUGCUACUGCUGGACAGGAUGACUGCUUAGUAAAGGUCUGGUACUGCACCAGCAAGUGGAAGUCGGGUGUUUCGAGACUUUUUAUUCCUCCAGAUCCCAGUGUCAGUGUCCAGGGAAAGCUGGCCUUCUCCUUUGUCUACCUGGCCCACCCUCGUUCUGUUACCGGCUUCUCUUGGAGGAAAACCAGCACAUAUAUGCCACGAGGUGCGGUGUGUAAUGUUCUGCUCACCUGCUGUAAGGACAGUGUGUGUCGGCUCUGGGCAGAGACGCUGUUGCCGGGUGACGGCCUCAUGUCUGGGCUCCUCAACAACAAUGCAUCUGGCCAGCACAAUGACGCACCUAGAUGUGCUGCUCCUACUAGAAAACACACCUGCAACGGGAAGGUGCAAGGAAAUACAACACAUGAAUUUAAUUUUCAAGAACCAUGGCACUUCUCUAUAAAUCAGGAUGUGCCCAAGCUUUCCCAGACUGAGUGCCUGCCUCAGCAUCAGAGCCGCCACUACCAUCACAAAAAAUGUAGCAGCAACACACCUCUUGCCAACGCCCUCUGCCACUUCCACAUAGCUGCCAGCAUCAACCCAGCUACAGACAUUCCUCUGCUGCCCUCAAUCUCCUCUCUGACUGCAUCAGAUGAUGAGGAACCUGGAGGUCCUUUUACUGUCCACUGGCUCAACAACAAAGAGCUUCAUUUCACUUUGGCUAUGGAAGUCUUUCUGCAGCAGCUCCGAGGCAGCUUGGAGCAACACAGUGAAUGCUCCAAUGGAGAGCCUGAGGAUGAGGAGUACUCUGAUGAAGAGGAUCAUGGUAGCAGGCCAAGUGAUCCCCAAGGACCAGAGGGUGUGGAGCUUCCAGUUGCAGCAGUGGAGCAUGAGGUGGAUGUGCUGCUAGAGGAGUGGAAUAAAGGGGCAGACAUGUUGUUCAGCAUCCAUCCCAUGGACGGCUCUCUGUUGGUCUGGAAUGUUGACUGGUUGGAUGAAUACCAGCCGGGAAUGUUCAGACAAGCUCAGGUGUCUUUUGUGUCCCGUAUACCUGUGGCAUUUCCUGCAGGCGAUGCAAUCUCCUUGAGCCACAGUGUUGUUUUGUAUGCCUGCAACAAGAAUGUGGAUCUAGCUAUCCAACAUGGCAGACAACGACCACCUGGGACCACAUUGCCUCAAACUAAAUCUGCUUUAAUAAGCUACAGAGACCAAGGAAAAGCUACACCCAGCAGUAGUCUUCGACUAAGCAUUUUCACCCCAAACGUGCUUAUGAUCUCCAAACACGCCGAUGGUUCUCUGAACCAGUGGGCAGUCAGUUUUGCAGAGGACUCUGCUUUCUCCACUGUCCUCAGCGUCUCUCAUAAGUCACGGUACUGUGGCCACCGCUUCCACCUCAAUGACCUGGCCUGUCACUCAUUACUUCCUCUCCUCCUCACCACGUCACACCACAAUGCUUUAAGGACACCAGAGGUAGACAACAUUCUUGCUCCCCCAGAGGCCUGCUCUUCUGGUUUCUCUCUGCCCCGGAGUUCACGAGCCAGCCGGGCAUCCCUAGGUGUGGUUUCCCAAGAUCCUAAUGCAAUCUACAGUGAGCUGAUUCUAUGGAGAGUGGACCCUGUUGGCCCUCUGUCUUUGUCAGGCGGGGUCUCGGAGCUAGCCAGGAUCAAUUCUCUCCACGCGUCAGCAUUUGCUAAUGUAGCCUGGUUGCCCACACUCAUUCCCAGCAGCUGUUUAGGUGCAUACUGUUACUCCCCAAGCGCCUGCUUCGUGGCAAGUGAUGGCCACUCACUCAGGCUCUAUCAGGCUGUUAUAGAAGCUAAGAAACUAUUGAGUGAACUCUCCAACCCCGAGAUAUCGAAAUAUGUUGGGGAGGUAUUCAACAUGAUCAGUCAGCAAUCCACUGCAAAACCAGGGUGUAUUAUUGAGCUGGAUGCCAUAACUGACUUUCAGGGGAAGGAGACCCAGCUCCUACAUGUCUUUGAGGAAGAUCUGAUCCUUGGCAGUCAGAGAACAGAGAGCACACAGGACCCUCCUGAUCUUCAUCAUGAUUCCUCAAGUGAGGCAACCUUCUCGGCUCGAUUUUUCCUGGUAGUGGUGGAAGUAACAUCGAAAGGGCGCUCACUCCUCCACAUGUGGCAUCUCCAUCUUGCUGCUCAACCCAUUAUUAUGGAGGAGACCAAGACAGAAACUCCUAUGAACAGCUCUCACUUUGACACAUUCAGUUCUCCAGUCACUCAGAGGAGUAAAACCUGCACUUCCAAUUUGCAGAGUGCUUGUCGCCUCAACCUCACUACACACACACUAUACAGCCAAGAGAUGGUCCUGCCAGAAGGGGUAGAAAUUAUCAGUGUUACACCCUCAGCAGGUCACCUGAGUGCAUCAUGUUCUCUGCCAGCUGGCCGUGUGCCUUAUCUCCUUGCUACUUCCUGUUCCGAUGGAAAGGUGCGCUUCUGGAGGUGUAAUGUUGUGGCGACAGAGCCUUUCAGUAUAGAUAGUUUGUCAUACCAGUGGGAGGAGUGGCCACUCCUGGUCGAGGAAAGGCUUCCCAGCAGCAGUGAAAUAAGUGUGCCAGGUCGCCCCAUUGAGGUCAGCUGCUGUCACACUGGAAGGUUUGCUGUUGCCUAUAGGCAGACACCAAAUGCACAUCUGAAAUCCACACCUCAUUUGAACUAUCGGGGAGUGUUGAUUUCUUCUCCUGCACAAGCAUCCUCGCCCUAUAACACUCACCUGGCCCCAAGCUUGACUCUACCACAGAGCCUAAAUUCCACUCUAAGCCCCAACCAAGCAAACAGUAGAGAGCCCAUGGUUUACAUUGGCAUUUUCCAGUGCGAGUCCACAGGUGGUUCACAGUGGAUUUUAGAGCAGACUAUAGUCCUCGACAGUACAGAUUCCACGGCUAGUUAUGGCGUUAGCAGCAGCACAAGUGGAAGUGCCAGUAGUCCAAGUAACAUGGACUUUUCUUUACCUAAUGAGAACUGCUCAGGUUCCACCAGUAGGAGCCUGGUUCAUUUGGACUGGGUGUCUCAAGAGGAUGGGUCACAUGUUCUGACUGUCAGUAUUGGGACAAAGAUUUAUAUGUAUGGGCGCCUUGCUGGAAAGCCUCCAGACCUGUGUCUGUCAUCUGAUGCAAGUAGAGAACAGAGCUUGUCUCACCUAGUUUUGCUUCGUUCGGUCGAUCUGGUCUCUUCUGUUGAAGGUUCAUUACCCAUCCCAGUCUCUCUUUCCUGGGUACGAGAUGGCAUCCUGGUCGUCGGGAUGGACUGUGAGAUGCACGUUUACUCCCAGUGGCAACCUCCAACACCACCUAAACCCAGUGCUGCCAUCGCCCAAGACACAGACAUUGGCAGCAGUGUCUCCUCCAUAGUCUCAGCUGUCAGACAGAGUCAGGAGGAUGGGCUCAAUCCUGGGGCUUCACUAGCUCCUCCCAAAAAGGCAUUUUCAAGGUCGAUGAUGAGUCUGGCUCAGAAACUCCGCGGGAAGAGAACAGCUUAUGACCCGCCUGUAGAGAUGGAAGAUUCUGGACUUUUUGAAGCAGCACACAAACUCUUUCCCACUCUUCCCCAGUAUCAUCCUGUACAGUUACUGGAGCUCAUGGAUUUAGGGAAGGUUCACCGUGCCAAAGCCAUUCUCUCUCACCUCGUGAAAUGCAUUGCUGGGGAAAUAGUACCACUUAAAGACAGUAACACCAAUCCAGAAAGGCGCGUGCGCUCUCGAACCAUUGGUGCUGGAGGCAGCACAGCCAGGGAUCCGAAAAUGUUCAGCAUUGCUGAGAGCUCCACCCCUGGCUACACUGAGAUAAGUUCCAUCCCUCCCCUGCCUCUUUAUGCUCUUCUGGCAGCUGAUGAAGAUACAUCAACAAAACACGAUAAAGUGGGCAGUGUAAGUGGGGACAGUGGACAUGGUUCCAGCCAAGCAGAUGCUUAUGACGAGCUCUUUCAUACACCCAGCAUAGCGGAUCUGGAUCCUCUCAACAAUAAUCAGGAGGAAACGGGCAACAAAGUUAUUGACUUGUCUCAGUACAGUCCCACAUACUUUGGUCCAGAACAUGCACAGGUUCUGUCCAGCCACCUCCUUCACUCGAGUUUGCCAGGACUAACUCGUCUGGAGCAGAUGUCUCUCAUGGCGUUGGCUGACACCAUUGCUACAACAAGCACAGACCUCAAUGACAGCCAGGACAAGAGCAAAGGUGGCGAGACACUGGAUGAGUGUGGUCUGAAGUUCUUACUGGCCGUCAGACUGCAUACCUUCCUCUCUACCUCCCUGCCACCAGCACACCGAGCACAGCUGCUCCGGCAAGGCCUGUCGACAUGUCACUAUGCCUGGGCCUUUCACUCUGAGGCUGAGGAGGAGCUGUUGAAUAUGCUCCCUGCCCUACAGAAGGGAGAGCCCACCUGGCCUGAGCUGCGCUCCAUGGGUGUGGGCUGGUGGCUGCGCAGCAACAACAAGCUACGCAGGUGUAUUGAGAAGGUUGCCAAGGCUUCUUUUCAAAGAAGCAAUGAUCCUCUGGAUGCAGCUAUAUUCUACCUUGCGCUGAAAAAGAAAGCAGUGAUCUGGGGAUUGUACAGGUCCCAGAAGAAUGCCAAAAUGACUGACUUCUUCCACAACAACUUCAGUGAGGACAGGUGGAGGAAAGCAGCAUUGAAAAAUGCUUUUUCACUUUUGGGAAAGCAGCGGUUCUUACAUUCUGCAGCCUUCUUUCUUCUUGCCGGGUCCUUAAAGGAUGCUGUUGAGGUGUGUUUAGAGAAACUGCAUGACCUGCAGCUGGCUCUGGUCAUCUCCAGAUUAUACGAGUCUGAAUUUGAGACGGGAUCCACCUACAAAAAGAUCCUUCAGAGACACAUUCUGGGUCAAGACAAACAGAUUCAAGCCCACCAGGACUCGUUCUUGCGCAGCAUGGCUUACUGGGUCCUGGAGGACUACAGUAAAGCAUUGGACACUCUUCUUGAGCAUGGCACCAACAAAAACAGCUCUGGGACCACUGAGAGCAAAUGUGAAGCUGGUUCCUCUUUUGUGUCUACAAGUAACCCAGAAGUUUUCAACUUUUACAUCUACCUCCGUACCCACCCACUUCUCCUUCGCCGCCAUUUUUGCUCUUCCGACAACGCUAAAGUUAGUUUGACUGCUGAGGGUCGAAGGGCUGACUCCAUUAGCCUGGAGGAGAGGAGACUGUUUUUCACAGCUGCAUAUGCCCACCUACAAGCUGGCUGCCCCAUGCUAGCACUUGAAAUCCUCUCCAAAAUGCCCAAAGUUCAUAGGCAUUCACAACUCCAGAAUCAGGAGGAUACAGGAAUCUCUGCUGAACUCAGUGUUGGGAGUAAGGAAGGACAAACCUCAGACCCAGACUGGUCUCAGCCAUCUCUGAACGGCUACGAGUCCGAUGGGAACAGCUUGUCAAUCAGUAAAUCCGAUUCGUUGUUAAGUUUCGACUGGAGCCAGCCUUCACUGACAAUUCCGGAUGAGACCCUAGAGCUGAAGUGGGACAGUGACAAAGACGAAGACGAGGAGGAGAGCGAAGAAGAAAUUAAAAAUGAGACUAAGACUGGUAUAAUUGCAGACAGCAGCAGCGUGUUCCAAGACACACAGGAUGCCAUGUCACCACUAAUGGAGACAGUGAUGGAAGAUGACAGCGAGAACAGCAACGACUUCAUUGCACCGUCUGAUGACGUCUUGGUGGCCCAGCUGAAGUUUACUGCCUGCUUGAAGAUUAUGACCAAUGAGCUGCGGACACUGUCAACAGGGUACGAAGUCGAUGGGGGGAAGCUGCGUUACCAGCUCUACCAGUGGUUAGAAAGAGAGGUGGUCGCUCUCCAGCGUUGCUGCAGCUACAAGCCCUGCCUGUCAGAUCUGUCUGUCCUGGGUGAUGCCUCUGUUUUUGGGUUGGUGGAGGAGGAGGAACAGCUGGGUAGCCCUCGUAGUGACAGCCAAAGGAGCAGGAGACACUGGCUGCAGAGUAACCAGCCUUUGCUCAGGAUGUUCCUCAGCUACUGCAGCUUGCAUGGCUCCCACGGUGGAGGACUGGCUUCUGUUCGCAUGGAGCUCAUACUAUUGAUUCAGGAAUCUCACCAGGAUGACUCUAUCCAAUCUGUGGUGACAUCCAGUUCCCAGCCUAACGCUAUCCCUCUUCUCAUGGCGUGCACAGCCAAUGUAAAGACCGUGGUGGCCAAUCCCAUGGUGUACCUGACCAACCUGACUCAUGACAUUUUGCAGACCAUCAUUGCACUCGAUUCUCCUCCACACCCUGAUGUUGUUAACAAUGAGAUUUAUGUGAUGCACACCUUGGCUGCUUCCCUAUCUGCCUGUAUAUAUCAGUGUCUGUGUGACAGACACACCUACAGCCAUGUGAACCAUUUCACGGGCAUUGUUUAUCAGAGUGUUUUGCUGACUCAGAAGCAGCCAGUCAGAGCUGUCAGCGUGGAUGAGUCUGUUCUGCCAAACACUUCUCCUGCACAGUGGCCAGGGAUCGCUUCUCUGGUUCGCCUGUUGAGCUCAGCAGGCGAGGAGAGUCAGCCAGGCUUGACUGUGCUGCUCUGUGAGAUCCUAACGGCUGUUUUCCUCAGCUUGUUUGUUCACGGCAUGGCCACUCACUCCAGCCAAGAGCUGUUUCGCGUCAUGGCCCACCCUCUCAACAGCAAGCUAUGGGUGACAGUGUUUGGAGGAGGAGCACGGACUCCCGUCAUAGAGAAACUCAACAGCCCAACAAGGACACCCCCACCAGCCUCUCCUAGUGCCUCUGACAAAAAGUCCAGACGAUUCAGGCUUCUGUCGUCGCGCAGUGGAUCCAAAGAGGAGUCUGGGAUAGAGCGGGAGGGACCAUCCAGUCCUAAACAUGUCCCUGUAGUGGAACAAGAAGCUCCCUCCAUCUUUAAGGAACGAUUUGUUCCUCCAGAGCUCAGCAUUUGGGAUUACUUUAUUGCCAAGCCUUUGCUGCCACCAUCGGAAAACAGAAUUAGGUACGACUCUGAGGAGAGCCAGGGCAGCCAAGAUGAAGACGACGAUGAUGAUGACUAUGAAGAUGUGUUUGACUCCAACUCUCCAAAACGAGAGCAUUCAAACCACAAUUCAUACAGCUGGUGUUUAAUGCGUUUGGCAAUGGUGCAGCUGGUGUUGGUCAACCUGAAGUCCUUUUACCCAAUGGCAGGAUAUGAUCUAUUGGACCUGCCAGUGGGCUCUCCUCUGUGUCAUGCUGUCCUGAGGACUCUUCAAAGAUGGGAACAGGUGUUGCAGAAAAGGCUGGAGAUCUUUGGGGGGCCACCUUCCAGAUACAUCCCCACACAUCUCCAGGAUGAAACAGCCACACCUGGCCCUGCCUUGCUGAGACACAAAGCCCUGUUUGAGCCAUCCAACACACCGUUCAGGACAUCCCACCAUUCAGCGCUGCCAGUGAAUCGCUUAUGGCAGUUUCUGGUAAAGCAGGAAGAAGUGCAGGAGACCUUCAUCAGAAAUAUCUUUACCAGGAAACAGAACCCAAAUGAGUUGGUUGUGGACCAGAGUGACAAUAUGAAAUAUUCAGGGAUGGACGUGACAGGAAACAAUCAGACUGAGUCAGAUCUGGACAGCCCUGGAGGAAAGGCACGCAUCAUACACAAGGAAUCGGACAUCAUCACAGCCUUUGCCAUCAACAAGGCAAAUCGUAAUUGUUUAGUCAUGGCCUCCACCCAUGACAUUCAGGAGCUGGACGUGUCUUCCAUUUUGGCCACACAGAUCUUGACAUGGAUAGAUGACGAUGACGCUGAAGCCAAAGGUGUUGGAAGCGAUGACUUCCUGGUGAUCCAUACACGUGAUGACUUUGCUGCCCUUCAUGGCACCACACCGUACACCCACAGUAGCCCUGGUACACCCAUCAACAUGCCAUGGCUGGGAGGUCUGCAGACAGGAAGGGGUGCAGCCAUGAUGAUUAAGAGAAACAUCAAUAAUGUGAGAAGAAUGACCUCGCAUCCCACACUACCUUACUACCUGACAGGAGCUCAGGAUGGUAGCGUCAGGAUGUUCGAGUGGGGUCACUCCCAGCAGAUUAUCUGCUUCAGAAGUCCAGGAAACUCCAGAGUCACCAGGAUACGAUUCAACCACCAAGGAAACAAGUUUGGUAUCGUCGAUGCUGACGGUGGUUUGAGUCUGUGGCAGACUAACACCAGUGGGAAUGCCCCCAAACCGUUCUUGACGUUGCAGUGUCACAACAAGACAGCUCAUGACUUUGUCUUUGUGGGCUCCUCCUCCCUCAUUGCCACUGCAGGUCUUUCCACAGACAACAGGAACGUGUGUUUGUGGGACACUCUGGUGACUCCUGCUAACAGCCUCGUACAUGCUUUCUGCUGCCAUGAGUCGGGUGCUACUGUCUUGGCGACGGCCCCCAGGCAGCAGCUGCUUAUCACAGGUGGGAGGAAAGGUUGGAUCAGUGUCCUGGAGCUUCCCCACAGGCACCAGCGGCAGAGCUUCCAGGCCCAUGACUCACCGGUCAAAGCACUGGCUGUCGAUGUAAUUGAGGACUUCUUUAUCAGCGGAUCAGCAGAGGGCAACAUCAAGGUUUGGAGUCUGGCCACACAGUGUGUCCUCUUCUCCUUCCCAAACGAACACGCUCGCCAGUCCCUGUUCAGGAACCUCGGCACCGGUGUGAUGCAGAUAGAGGUGGGACCGGCCAAUCACAUUUUCUCCUGCGGCGCGGACGGAACGAUGAAGAUGAGGGUCCUGCCGAACCGCUUCAGCGUUGUCAACAACAACCACGGCAACCUCAAGAACGAUGUAAAAUUCUUCAUAUAGACAUAAAAAGUGUGGACUGUUGAGUUGAAUAAUGUGUAGUGCAGAGGGUUUCUUUUUUGGCACUGUUGUGGGAAAAGUACCUUCAUACAGUUGGUUCCUCUUAGGGUAACAUCACCAUGACAACGCAAUGUCAUGUCACGUGUUGCCAAACGUUUCCAAUGAAGAAAUAUUGACAGGAUUUACAGACUUUCACAGAGUGGGAGCGCGUCGUCUAGACGUGACAGUGACCAUGCAGCGAAGUGACCACACCUGACCAAACACACACAUACACAAACACAAGCCUCUAUGAGAGUUUGGAACCAUUGUGGACGUUUAAACACAGUGGACACAGGGUAAAGACUGAGGGCACAUGUUGUUGUAUCCGAGGCCCAGAAAGAGAUUCUCCAAAAGCAAACCUCCAUCUCAGCGUCUGCUGAAGAGCACACGGAGGAGGAGGAGGAGGAAAGCUGCUGUUUUUGCACAGGAAGCCCUAGAAGGAGCAGGACCGGUGAGGAGGACGAGUCUUAAAGCAGCGGAGCUCUUCUACUUUUUUAGUUCACGUUCGCGAAAGCAGUCAUGAAAGCGGAAGCUCUGCUCAGGCGUUCAGGGGAUAAAACGUGACCGUGUGACAUCACUGCCGAAUCAGAACCUCCGCACAACCGCAGUCACAGGGGUGGACGACAAAAUCCACCACAAGCACAUUUAAUCUAAUCACCCUUGUUCAUUUUUUAAACACAAAAAUAACGCCCUCGCAGUGUGACGAGCAGAAGCAGCAGGUGUCGAGAAUGAACCACUAUAGGGAAAAAUACAGGAUUUCAGUUUCAUGUCACACUCACUUUUUUUUUAUGUUUUUGUUUUUUUUGCAGCCUGAUUUGAAAUGAACAGACUUUAAACAAACAAAAAAAACAAACGCAUCAUAUCUCCACAUUUUAGAGAAUGUGGUUGUUCUCUGUCUGUAGAUGAGAGGGUGAAUGUCACACAUGUAUGUUGUUUACUGCAGAUUAGCAUAAAGACUAGAAACAGGAGGAAGCAGCUAAACUUGCUCCGUCCUGUCGUAAUAAAAUCAUACAUUUUGUUUAAUUAAUCAAACCUUUGCUGCUUUACGUCUGAAUAUACAUAUAUAUAUAUACACACACACACACGAUGAAUAUUUUAUAGCUUUGCGGUUGUCAUUCCACUUUUUUGUCUUUUUUUCUUUUUUUUUCCAAGGUGACGCUGCUUUCAAUGUGACUAUCAGUUACAGGAACAUUGUGUUCUGUAAACAUUUAGUAUAAAGUUGCAAUGGUGUUAAGCAAUUUUUUUUUUCUUUCUUUUUUGUUUUGUUUUUUACAUUUUUAAAAAUUAAACGUACGCCAGGUUUGCUAGCAGGCGUUCCUGUUUGCUUA